UCACCUGGUAUUCCGAGAUCUUCGAAACGGCUUAGGAAAUUUCUUAUUGGGCUAGAUGGCUUUAGGAGACUGGGAUCGGUCCCUUUUGCAUCCACAAAAGCGGAUCUUCGUAGCCCACUCGGCCCACGCAUCGUCCAGAGGCUGGUUAUUAUUCCGUCACUCCCCCGGCGGCCCGACAGCGCAGCAUCCAGCUUCGCCAUGGCCGUCGCAAGCUUUCCCCGUGCCCGUACAGGUCCCUAGCGAAAGCUUCCCCAUGCGGCAUCUCCUCCUCCCGGCACCUCGGCAAGCAUCUCCUCUCACCGCCCAAGCCCUGAGCCCAGGCGCAAGCUCCGGUCCCCAGAUCCUCGCUCUGCCCAUGGCGGCGCGGGCACAGGCGUGGCAGUUCGCGGCCGCCCUCGUCUUCUUCCACGGCUCCGAGUACGUCCUCGCCGCCGCUUUCCACGGUCACCGCAACGUCACCGCCACCUCACUUCUUAUCAGCAAGCAGUAUGUUUUAGCAAUGAGUUUUGCAAUGCUGGAGCAUCUGAUAGAGAGUAUUUUCUUCCCUGAACUAAAAGGGUAUCAGUUUGUCAGUAAUAUUGGCCUUCUGAUGGUUCUUACCGGUGAAGUUAUUCGUAAAAUCGCUGUUGUGACGGCUGGACGUGCCUUUACACAUGUUAUAAGAAUUCAAUAUGAAGACCAGCACCAGUUGAUUACUCAUGGGGUGUAUAGAUUUAUGCGCCAUCCUGGAUAUUCGGGCUUUCUUAUAUGGGCAGUAGGAACACAGCUUAUGCUGUGCAAUCCUGUAUCUACAGUUGUGUUUGCAUUGGUGUUGUGGCGAUUCUUUUCAAAGCGGAUACCGUACGAAGAAUUUUUCUUGCGGCAGUUCUUUGGCUCUCAGUACGAAGAAUAUGCAGGGAAAGUGCACUCAGGCUUACCAUUUAUAAAGUGAAUGUUUCAGAUGCAAAGUAUGCUUACCUCCUGCCGCCCUUACCAUUGACAUGACUAAGUAAAGCACUUCACAGCAUGGAUUUAAGAGAGAGCAAAUUUACGAGCUAUGCCAUGGAUUUCAUACAAUACAAGGACAAUCUGAUGUUUUGUACUCUAGACUCAAGUAGACGAGUUUAUCAGCUCAUCAAUCUGGUGCGAAUCUAAAUGGUUGGCUUAUUAAUUUUGUGUAAGCCCUGCCAUUCACUAGAUUCAACUGAAUGAAUAGUUUCCAUCUUUCACGACAGUGGCGAUGGUUUCGUCCUGUAGGUUCGUUGUGUGAAAGCCUUUUGCAGUGCAAUUGUAUCAAGUGUGGCCAACGUGUGUACUCCUGUAUGCAUUCCUUUUGGACAUGCAGAAGAAAAGAGGGUCCUCAUCUUCCGUGGAGCCUGAGAAGCAUUUUUUUUAAGCA